GCAAGUCCUCACCUCCCCAACCCCCACUCCCGCGAGGGCGCGAGAUCUCUCUCCCCCUCCCCCUCAGAUCCGCCCCGCCGACACCGCCCGCCUCCCUCGCCGCCGCCGCCGCCGACGCCGCCAUGUCGCACAACUACGGGGACACGAUCCCGCUCCACCCGUCGUCGGCGCAGUCCGACAUGGACGAGAUCGAGAUCCCCAUCUCCACCUCGCCUCCCCCGCCGUCCUCCAAGCCGCCCCUCCCCGCCUCCUCCGUCCCCAUCUUCGUGCCCCAGGGGCCGACCCCCGCCCCGCCCGCGUCCGUCUCCGUUGCCAUCGGCUCGGAAGGCUUCGGGCCCCCGCCCAACACGCUCACCGAGCCCGUCUGGGACACCGUCAAGCGCGACCUCGCACGCAUCGUCAGCAACCUCAAGCUCGUCGUCUUCCCCAACCCCAACCGCGAGGACCCCGGCAAGGCGCUCAGGGACUGGGACCUCUGGGGCCCCUUCUUCUUCAUCGUCUUCCUCGGCCUCACGCUGUCCUGGUCCGCCUCUGUUAAGAAGUCUGAAGUAUUUGCUGUCGCGUUUGCUGUGCUGGCAGCUGGGGCUAUAAUCUUAACACUAAAUGUUCUGCUUCUGGGUGGGCACAUCAUCUUCUUCCAAAGUCUCAGUCUCCUUGGCUAUUGUUUGUUUCCUCUGGAUGUUGGAGCCCUAAUUUGCUUGCUGAAGGACAAUGUCAUACUAAAGAUCAUCGUGGUGACAGUCACACUGGCGUGGAGCUCCUGGGCUGCCUACCCAUUCAUGAGCGCUGCUGUGAACCCAAGGAGAAAGGCUCUGGCCAUAUAUCCCGUAUUCCUCAUGUACAUCUCGGUGGGGUUCCUCAUAAUUGCCAUAGAUUAGCCCCUGGGGUGAGCAAUGUAGUAACAUCUGAAAUGUUGAAAUUUUCCCCGUUGUACCGGCGGAACGUAUACAGGCUUGAAUAUACUCUGUCCCCCCUAUGGAGCCCUUUUGGAUUGUUCUGUUGAGAACCUGGCCUUCACAUGAGCAAGAGACAUAAGGCUGUAAAAUUAGUCAAAAAUUAUAUAUGUUGGUCUACUGUUGUAAAGGGCAUCUCGUGCUUUGGACCACGUAAUUGACUAUAUCAAACUUUCCGACUUCUUCAACUGCUGAUAUAUGAUGUUGGAGGGAAUUAAAUGUCAAGAAAAAAAUUCUAAGGCAACUAGAUAAUUCAUCUGGUUGUCCUUGGAAUCUGCUA